UGUUAAACAAAACUCAUUUCCGUUCGAGAUGGUGCACACUCUACGCAAAAUAACUAACAUUUGUCGGCUUUGUUUGUGCGAAGAGCUGGACAUCCUAGUUCCUGCCAAGAAUGUAUUUGAUUCUUUGCUUACCUCGGAGGACGUGGAACGUUUUACCAGCAUACAGAUCCCAACCGAUGACAACGUACCUUACGUGAUCUGCACCGAUUGUAGAAAUGGCUUAAGAAAAUCAGCUGCCUUUCGGAAGUGUUGCGUACGCAAUGAUCGACUCUAUAACCAAUUGUUCUCGGAAUUGAUCGUCGAGAUUCGGUACGGAACAGAACAACAAGCCACCAAAACUAUUCACCAUGAUUUGGAAAGCCUUUCUGGCACUCCCAUUUCCAGUCAGCUGAGUGAGCCAAAGUCGGCUGCUGCGAAAGCCGUUCGGUCAACCAAAAGCAAGCGAAGUAAACCCACGAAAGCGACAACAGCACCUCUAACAACGCAACAAGAUGAUGUUUCAGGGACACAACAAGUACAAGAAAGUACUUUGCAUCUUGAUUGGCCGUAUUUCACGAAACGUCUGUGUAACAUAUGUGGCCAGAUGGUUACCAACUUGAAGCGUCACAUGUUGAGUCACACCAAAAAAGCAAUGUACGCUUGUCCACACUGUACCACGACACUGACUGAUGGCUCCAAUCUCGUGCGCCACAUUAAGUCGGUUCAUAAGAAAAUGACCGUUAAAACGUGUGAAAUAUGCAAGAAAGGAUUUACGUAUCAGGUCACCUACAGCCAGCAUAUGCUCAUCACGCACGGUAUCGGAGAAAAGUUUGAAUGCAAAAUGUGCCUUAAACAAUUCAACGGGAAGAGUACAUUAAGAGAUCAUAUCAACCGGAUACACAGCUCACUAAGAAGAUACGAAUGCACGUUUUGCAGCAAGCAAUUUAAAACGAGUCGAGAUCUAAGACACCACGGUCGAGUACAUUCCGAAAACCGGCCGUAUGCCUGCAGCCUCUGUCCGAAGCGGUUUAAGAGCAGCUUCGCACGCAAUACCCAUCAACACACCCACUCAGGGGUUAGAUUUUCCUGCCAGCAUUGUGAUAAGUCAUAUCCAUAUAAAUGCCAGCUUAGCAUACAUAUGCGAAAGCUUCACCCGGAGUCGGUUGCCGAAAACACGGACGGAUCCGUUGGACUUAAAAUUCAAAAAUAAACUGGCAGCACGAUACUAGUGAUGGGUAA